UUUGGGAAUUUGGUGUGUAAGAUCAGACUAGUUUUUGGGAAUUGCAAAGCCAAACAAAUUUUUUUUGUCUAUUUUCAUAAAAUAAAAAAGGCGAAUUUUUCAUGCUGAACCCAGGGUCCUAGGUAACCAAAUUUAUUCUUAAAUAAGGUUUUUUAGUUUGGAAGAAUUAAAUAAGGAUUGAUGACCUAUUUUUCCAAGAAACAAGAGAUAUGUUAUGAUAUUAUUGCACUCUUUUUUGUUAUUUGUUUUAAAUUUUGUUAUAAAGAAGCAAAUUUGGGUCGAUAUGAAAUUUUCCAAUAACUGUUAAAGCUAAAAAAAGGGUAAUUGUUAUAGGUUUGGUUUAAUCGUUUGGGUAAAUAAAAGGCUUUGGUGGCCAUUAUUGUGCCAUUCUGUGACUCUCUCCGAAAGCCUGAAAUUCAAUGGCAAGCAGUGUCAGAUUUCAUCCAUGCUUCCUUGUUGCCUCUAUUCUCUCAUAUUAUGUUAUAGGCCUUUUGGCUACAGCUCAUAAUGUCCCCCAAACACAAUUAACACUACACAAAGAUCAACAUAUCAUGAAGUUCUCAAUUGGCACUCCACCAGUAGACAUCUAUGGCACUGCAGAUACAGGCAGUAACCUUGUGUGGACACAAUGUCUACCUUGUGAUGCCUGCUUCAAACAGAUUCAUCCCAUGUUCGAUUCUAAAGAGUCCUCCACAUACCGCGAAAUUUCUUGUCAAUCAGAAGAAUGUCGUAUACUAUUGGAUGAAGCCACUUGUUCUCCUCAAAAUAUUUGCAAUUACAAGACUGGAUAUGCUACUGGUUUGUCCAAAGGUGUUUGGGCCAAAGAAAAAGUUUCCAUUAAUUCUACCUCAGGGCAAGCGGUUUCCUUUGACAUUGCUUUUGGAUGUGCACACAACACAGGCGGCUUCCAUUACGAAGGCCAUGUGACGGGAAUCAUUGGGUUAGGAGCAGGGCCUUUGUCCUUUGUUUCACAAAUUGGUAGCAAGAGGUUUUCUUAUUGCUUGGUACCAUAUGGUACUGAUCCUAGUAUUACAGGCAAGAUAAGUUUCGGCAAUGGCAGUGAAGUUGUGGGUGAUGGUGUGGUUUCAACACCAUAUGUAGGUGGAGAUCAAUAUUAUUUGACACUAGAAGGAAUUAGUGUUGGAGACACAUAUGUGCCCUUUAACUCUUCAGGUAAGGUUUCUAAGGGCAACAUUUGUAUGGAUUCAGGAUCACCACCAUUGACUUUGCCACCAGAUUUUUAUGAUCGCUUAGUGGUGGAAGUGAAGAAGCAGAUUUCAAUUGAUCCCAUUAAAAAUGACACUCUUUUGGGGACACGGCUUUGCUAUAGAACUGAAAUUACUAAUGAAAAUGGACCAAUAUUGACUGUCCAUUUUGAAGGAGCAGAUGUGGAGUUAAAGCCCGUACAAACUUUCAAUCGACCAGUUAAAGAAUAUGAAUAUUACUGCUUUGCAAUUACAAAUAUUGCAAAUACAGAGUUGGAUUUUAAGGAUGGCGCAGGAUUAUAUGGCAGCAAUGUUCAAGCAAAUUUUUUGAUUGGGUAUGACUUGGAAACAAAGAUGGUCUCCUUCAAGCCAACUGAUUGCACCAAACUGUAGAGUUUUCCACUUUCAUGAAACCUAUACGAUCAAUGGAAUUAAGAUAUAUA